AUGGCGGCGGCGGCGGCCAAGGCGGUGGGGCGGGACACUCUACCUGAGCACUGGUCCUAUGGCGUCUGCAAGGACGGCCGGGUCUUCUUCAUCGACGACCUGAUCCGCGCAACUACUUGGCUGCACCCUCGCACCGGGGAGCCCGUCAACUCAGGCCACAUGAUCCGCUCAGAUCUGCCCCGUGGCUGGGAGGAGGGAUUCUCGGAAGAGGGAGCCAGCUAUUUCAUUGACCACAACCACCAAAUUACCACAUUUAAACAUCCAGUGACUGGCCAGUUUUCCCCAGAAAACUUGGAGUUCAUUUUACAAGAGGAGCAUAAUUCACAUAUGUCCAAACAUCAGAUAAACCAAAGACCUUCAAGUAUGGUCAGUGAAACAUCUACUGCAGUAACUACAUCCACUACAGAUACAAAACUUGGAUCCAAGUUAGUAAAAUCUAGCAAUAAGGUUCAUAGCUUUGGGAAAAGGGAUCAAGCUAUAAGGAGAAACCCUAAUAUUCCUGUUGUGGUCAGAGGCUGGCUUCACAAACAAGAUAGCUCUGGGAUGAGAUUAUGGAAAAGAAGGUGGUUUGUGCUGGCAGAUUACUGUUUAUUUUAUUACAAAGUAUGUAAUUUCAUCUGUGGGACCUGAAGAUCAUAUAAAUCGCAAAUAUUCCUUUAAGGCUAUCCAUACAGGCAUGAGGGCUUAUAUUUAUAAUAAGAGUUCUGUUAUUGGCUCUCAGGCAGAACAUUCAGGGAUGCGCACGUACUACUUUAGUGCAGAUACUCAAGAAGAUAUGAAUGACUGGAUCCAUGCAAUGAAUCAAGCUGCUCUUAUGCAAAGCCAUCUUUCACCAAAGAGAGGAACUGGAAAAACAGAUCAGCAUGCUGUCCCUCAACCUAAUCAUAUUGAUGCCUACAAAGAAGUUACAAAAUUAGAACCUGCUGACGCAAAAAGAGGCUACAGAAAAUCACCCGAAAUGUCCGCAUAUGGCAAACACGAAGAAAUGAAAAAAGGAAGAGAUGAUGAACAUUACACUGCAAGGAAGAAUGCUGUGGAUUCCAAAUGGGAGAAACCUAAACAUGUAAUAGAACCGGGUGGAACACUGAAUCCUGCCUCAAGUAUCUCUCGGCCUCAAGCGACUCAGACUCUUGAGAAGAAUGGAAUGCCUCCAAGUUCAUUAAAUGCAGGUCCAGUAGAGCAGAAUGGUAUCAGUGUCUAUAAAAGAGGCUUUAUUCCCAGAUCAACACAAAAUAAAGAGACACAAAGGAAAAGUAAUAUGACUCACAUAGAACAUUGGGUAAAAGUCCAGAAAGGAGACACAAAAAGUCUUGCAUCUGACCAGACUCUUACUCGCCAAGUACCAAGCCAUUCUGUAUCCUUUUCUGAAAAUUACCAUACUUUGCCAAAGAAUACUAGGCAACCUUCUGGAAGCUCCCCUCCCUCAAACCGUGAUUUGCCAAGUGACUACAAAUAUGCUCAAGAUCGAAUAAGCCACCUGAAGAUGUCCCAUGAUGAGAGAAAAGCUAACAAAGAUGGUACCGUUUGGCAGCUGUAUGAAUGGCAACAAAGAAAGCAGUUUAAACAUGGGAGCCCAACUGCUCCAGUUUAUAUUAGUUCUCCAGACUUUACAGAUAGUAGUAAGGGAAGAAGUUCAUUAGAAGUUCCACGUUCAGUUUCAGUUCCCCCUUCCCCAUCUGACAUACCUCCACCAGGACCCCCCAAAGUUUUUAUAUCACGAAGACCACACACUCCUGCAGAAAGGGUUACUGUCAAACCAUCUGAGGAGAGACAAACAAUAGACGUUCCUUUUGUUGGCUCACCAAGGAAGAUUCGAAACCAUACUGCAAAAAACUCUCUACACAUAGAUAGACGUUCCAUGCCUACAAUGGGAUAUAUGACCCAUACUGUAAGUGCUCCAAGUUUGCAUGGGAAAUCGGCUGAUGAUACCUAUGUCCAGCUGAAGAAAGACCUUGAAUAUUUGGAUCUGAAGGUAAAGCUGAGUGUCUUCUGUGAGCAAGACAGGAUUCUGCAAGACCUAGAAGACAAAAUAAGAGCCCUUAAAGAAAAUAAAGAUCAGCUGGAAUCUGUCUUGGAAGUGUUACAUAGACAGAUGGAACAAUACAAAGACCAACCACAGCACACAGAAAAAAUUUCAUAUCAGCAGAAACUUUUACAAGAAGAUCUCAUAUGUAUUCGGGCUGAAAUAUCCAAAGUAUCUACAGAAAUGGAAAAUGCCUGGAAUGAAUAUCUGAAAUUGGAAAAAGAUGUGAACCAGCUGAAGCAAACUCUGCAAGGACAGAUGAAUAAAUCAUGUUUUUCUCAGGAGAAAUCUCAAAUGCAAAAAGAUUUGUGGAGAAUUGAAGAUGUUACAGCUGGCCUAAGUGCAAAUAAAUCCAACUAUAGAGUCAUCAUUGAAUCUAUCAAGAAUCCAGAAAGAAAAACAGUGCCUUCAUUUUCAAAGCCUCUAGUGCCUUCAUCAUCAUCUACUCUCAUGUCAACAGACAGUAAAAUUUCUACUCAGCAAAGUCCACCAACUAGUCCUAUCAAGCCCUCAUUGGAAGUCAGACUUUUUCCUCAGCCUUACACACAGCCUAGAAUGUUUUCUCCAUCCCAACAAGUGAAAAAAGUUGAACCUCCAAUCCAGUCACCAGUGAAAUUAAAACCAAAGGAAGAUGAAGCACCACCAAGACCUCCUCUCCCACAGUUGUAUAGCACUGAUGAUAACCCACCAGCUGUUCCACCUCUUCCUAAAGAAGCUACAGUAAUAAGGCACACAUCGGUGCGUGGUCUCAAACGUCAGUCUGAUGAAAGAAAACGAGACCGUGAACUUGGACAGUACAUAAAUGGAGAUUACAGGGUAGAACUCCGCUCAUAUGUGAGCGAACCUGAAUUGGUAACAAUAGACAGUGAUCUGAGCCAACCUUCCAUUGGUUUUCGUGGUACUGACAGUAGAUAUCAAACGUUACCUACCAGAGGAUUAUCUGGUUCAACUUCUAGACUCCAUCAGUCAUCAACAGUUUCAUCAUACUCAACGCUUCGAAGGGAUGCUUCCAAGGAGAGACCAAAGAGUGCCUUGGAACGUUUAUACUCUGGAGAUCCUCAAAGAGGAAAAAUGAGUGCCGAAGAACAACUAGAAAGAAUGAAGCGAUAUCAAAAGGCAAUAGUUCGUGAACGCAAAAGAACUCUUGGUCAAGGAGAAAGACAAUCUGUUUCAUCACGACCGUUCAUCCAGCCUGGUUCAGCAGACAUUGGCUCAUGGAAGCGAGAGCAAGAAUUUGACUUGCAGUUACUGGAAAGAGCAAUAUGUACAGAACAAAAAAUGGGAGAUAAUUGGUUAAAAAUCGACCCUGUGGCGGUAACAGAGACAGAUCUAGAGCACGAAGAUUAUAACUUGGAUAUUAGCAAAGAGUUGUCAAAGCCAGACAAGGUUGCAAUUCCAGAACGGUACAUUGAGAUAGAUCCUGAAGACCCCCUCACUCCUGAAGAAUUGGAAGCAAGACAUCGUAAGGCAGAAAAAAUUAGGCAUAUUCUUACCAGAUCAAGUGUGCACAACCUACAGCCUCCAGUUCAGGACAAAUACAGCUCUUCAAAUUUAGAUUCACAACUACAUGAGCAAGAACGCAUCAUUACCAUAUCAUACGCACUGGCUUCUGAAGCCUCUCAGCGGAGCAAAGAGGUAGCAGCCAAAGCAGUAACUGAACAGUGAUUCCUGGAAUGUGCCAGUAACAAUCGCAUAAUGAACAAACGCAACCAGAAAGAAGGAAGAGACACCCCCCCCAGGCUAGCCUUCUCUCAUAAUUACUCUUAUUUGAACACCUUUUAUAAAUAAGUACAGAGAACAUUUGUACAACAAAAGAGAAAACAACUUUGUAUCAGAAAAGAAACCAGAUAAAUUAACAGCACUUUUAAGAUACUAUAUAAAAAAGUGUUUCUCAACCAUGGUAACCUGCUGGCGAAGGAAUUCUGGUCAUUGAAGUUCACCCAUUGUAUAGUUGCCAAGAUUGAAAAACACCGAUAUAAAAUAUGUGCAAUGGCCAUAAUUCAAGCAUAUGCAGGUCUUGCUGAUAUUCAUUGAUUUUAAAGAUUUGGUGUGCUACAUCAGAUGACAAUACAAUUUUAGAAACAAAGUAUGUAUUAGAUUUGUUGUUGAAAAAGUGCUGCCUACGUUUAAAGAUUGGAUGAAUGCUAUGAAGAUGCAUCAUUAUAUUUGGAUUUUUGUGUUUAGAAAGGAAAAUUUUGAAAACCGUUAUCCCAUUAGAUAGAUAGAUAUAGUGAGUUUUAAUAUAUAUAUUUUAGAGAGGAUAAUGGCUUUGUGACCACAAUCAGGUGCAAUUUUAUUGAAGUAAUCAACAUUUCAAUAAUUCUGGAUGUCAUACAAAUACGAAAACCAGAUAUAAAAUAUGCAAAAGAUGGAACCAUUUGAAUAAAUUAUAUAAUCUAUUAUAAUUUAGGAUCAUUAUAGACCUCUGUCCUUCAUGACAUCACUAAUCUAGCAACACUGUCUACCUGUUGUAAAAGGAAAUCCAUUUUUUAUAUCAUCUUUGAGUUUAGGCAAUGAAAUAUACCUGAUUCAGUCCAGUCCCUAUCCC